UUCCUCCGCUGGCGGGGGCGGGGGGGUGGUGCUGGCGGCAGCGGCGCUCGGCGGGGGUGGCGGCCGCUCGGUGUGGAUGGCGGCGGUCAUGGCGGCGGCGUUGGUGCUGGCGCGGCCCUUCCGUCGCGGCCCCGCCUGCCUGAGGAGGCCGCUCCGGCGGGAGGCGGGGGGCACCACGGGCGGCCCAUGGGGCCGGGGCGUGCCCGGCGGCCGCGAGGUGCUUAGAAAAAACCUUCAGAGGGGGGUUGCGCUUUCAACAGGGUCCGUUUUGAUUUAUGAAGCUCACAAGCUGAUUUCUGGCUUUGCUGAGGUUCAUGCAAGCUUCAAAGUGGAAGAAGUUAUAGAGCAAGCAGACUACCUGUACGGGAGUGGAGAAACUGAAAAGCUGUAUCGGUUGCUGGUUCAGCAUAAAAAUAGUGAUGACGCGGAGUUGUUAUGGCGGCUGGCGCGGGCAUCACGAGAUCUAGCUCAGCUUAGUAGUACUUCUGCAGAGGAGAAAAGACAACUGGCGUACGAAGCCCUUGAGUGCGCAAAAAAGGCGCUUGAAAAAAAUGAAUCAAACUUUGCAGCACACAAGUGGUAUGGAAUUUGCCUCAGUGAUGUUGGAGAUUUUGAAGGAAUCAAGACUAAAAUUGGAAAUGCCAUUGUUAUCAAAGAGCACUUUCAGAGAGCCGUUGAACUGAAUCCAAAAGAUGCUACAACAAUUCAUCUUAUAGGCAUAUGGUGUUACUCCUUUGCUGAAAUGCCAUGGUACCAAAGAAAAAUAGCUGCGACGCUAUUUGCCACACCACCAACCUCCACAUUUCAAGAGGCUCUUCGUUACUUCCACAUGGCAGAGGAAGCUGACCCAAAUUUCUACAGCAAAAAUUUGCUCUAUUUGGGGAAGACGUACUUGAAGUUAAACAAUAAAAAGAUGGCUCUUCUGUGGUUAAGCAAAGCGAAGGAGUAUCCUGCACAUACAGAAGAGGACAAACAGGUACAGAAAGAAGCUUUGGAGCUGCUUAAUUCUAUAUAAUAGGAAACAAGAUAAUGGGAAUUCAGUGCCUCAGGACUGAGCAGCAUAGGAAAAGGCCCCAAAUACUACUUUGGUUUCUUGAAGCUGUUAAUAAAAGUAAAGCCUAAACCCACUCUCUCCAUCUUGUUCAAUUAAACUGCCAACUAGAAGAUCUGUUU